GCAGCGCUUCUUGCAUUUCACGCAUUCACAGGAUGCGAUUACAACCCGGCCUUUUUUAAGAAGGGCAAAAACCGCCCAUUUUCAAUAAUGUCAAAAUCUGAAGAAUUCACUGAAUGUUUCAUCCAAUUGUCACAACCAUCUGAGAAGAGACUUGACUUUUUUGACAAAAUACAAGAGUUUGUAUGUAAUGUAUAUGGUUUGAAACGAUUAAAGUUUAUAAAUGAGGCGGGAGUAGCAUUGUUUCAAAAGACAUACAAAUUUCUUGAUAAUGACAAUUCGUUUCGAUUACCUAAGAAAGGUAUUGAUGGCUCAUCUCUUCCGCCGUGCAAAACGGAAUUAUAUAAUCAUUUUCUAAGGACGUGUUAUAUUUCGGAAAUUUGGUCUCAAGCACACCUGAAAGUACCAACUGUCAAUGAGCCUUCUGACUAUGGCUGGGUAGAAAUAAAUAACAGAUAUGAAUUCAUGUGGUUUUCUGGUACUCAGUUACCAACAUCCAUUGAUCAAAUAACUCAAUCAGAAGAAGAUGACGAUAAUGAAGACAUGGUGGAAAACAGCUCUGACAGCGACUCUGACAUUUUGCAUUGCAUCAUCUACUGUUGUUUGAAGCGUUGUGAGAAAAAGCGCGCCAAUGAGCUGGAGAGCUACGCUGCUUCACAACCCGAGGACACUAAAUAUAUGCCACACACUUUGGAUACCGCAUUGUACGUGUCGAAGGAGCGACGCGCUAGUAAACGAGUGGAGCCACCCAGAGUUCCAGCCAGAACGCAAAUUGGUAAUGGAACAGAUUCAAAUCGGAAUAGUGACGUAACUAUACCGUUGUAUGUCAAUCACACUGAUGAAGACGCGGACAAGCUGCGCUUCGUUUCCAGUUAUGAGUUAUACUUUGACGGACAGAGAUUUCUUGAUUGA